AUGAUAAAGCUCACGAUAGCAAUCGCCACUUGCUUAGUACUUUGCUUGGUGCUACUACUACCAUCCUCCAACAUAUCCUACCGCCACAAGUAUGAUCUUCCAACCAACGGUUUAAAUGAUUCUGAACAACAAAGUGAGAAACUGCUAGGAGGGCUUCUUGCUACAGGGUUUGAAGAGAAAUCUUGCUUAAGUAGGUAUGAUCAGUCUAUGAGCAAGCCUUCACCAUACAAACCAUCUAGACAUAUUGUUUCUAAGCUUAGAAGCUACGAGAUGCUUCACAAGCGUUGCGGGCCUGGCACAAAAGCUUACAAGAGAGCUACAAAGCAGCUUGGUCACAAUGAAUUAAGCAGCUCUGGUGAUGAAUGUCGGUAUGUAGUGUGGAUGCCUAUGUUUGGUCUAGGAAACAGAAUGCUUUCUCUGGUUUCUGUCUUCCUCUAUGCUCUCUUGACAGAUAGAGUCAUGCUUGUUGACCAACGGAACGAUAUAACUGACCUCUUCUGCGAGCCUUUCCCCGAAACUUCCUGGUUACUUCCUCUAGAUUUUCCAUUGAAUGAUCAGUUAGAUAGCUUCAACAGGGAACACUCGCGAUGUUACGGAACAAUGUUGAAGAAUCAUGGCAUUAACUCAACUUCAAUAAUACCGUCACAUCUUUAUCUUGAUAUUUUCCAUGAUUCCAGGGAUCAUGACAAAAAGUUCUUCUGUGAAGAAGAUCAAGCUUUCCUUGAUAAAGUCACUUGGCUCGUCGUGAAAUCCAACCUUUACUUUGUUCCAUCUCUAUGGAUGAUCCCUAGUUUCCAAACCAAACUCAUCAAACUAUUCCCACAGAAAGAAACCGUCUUUCACCAUUUGGCUCGCUAUCUUUUUCACCCGACAAACCAAGUUUGGGGUAUGGUCACUAGAUCAUACAAUGCCUACUUAUCAAGAGCAGACGAGAGACUUGGGAUUCAAGUACGAGUUUUUAGCAAGCCAGUUGGAUAUUUUCAACAUGUAAUGGACCAGAUCUUAUACUCUGAUCACCUAAAGAACAUGUUUUUGGAACAAGCAAGUUCGACAGGAGAAACAAUAGAAGUUUAUCAGCCAAGUGGAGAAAAGAUUCAACAAACAGACAAGAAGCUUCACGACCAAAAGGCACUCGCCGAGAUCUAUCUCCUUAGCCUAACCGAUGAACUUGUGACAAGCACAAGGUCUACAUUUGGAUAUGUAGCUCAAGGUCUUGGAGGGUUAAAGCCAUGGAUACUCUACGAGCCAAGGGACAAGAAAACUCCAAACCCACCAUGUGUUAGGGCCAUGUCGAUGGAGCCUUGUUUUCUUAGAGCUCCGCUCCAUGGUUGUCAAGCUAAGACAAUCAAAAUCCCUCCUUUUGUUAGGAUUUGUGAAGAUUGGAAAACAGGGCUGAAGCUAGUUGAUGUUUCAGAUGAACUUUGA